CGAACCGCUAGCUUUGCCUUCGCCGCUGCUGUGGCAUCAACAGUUUAGCUAGCGCUAGCAUCCAAAGCAGCGGGUCUGAUUCGUUACGAGUUUCGUGCUUUUCGAUAAACUCAGCAGCUGCCGCCAAAAUGAUUUCACUCUCGGAUUCACAAAAAAUUGGGAUGGGGCUCACAGGGUUCGGCGUGUUUUUCCUCUUCUUUGGGAUGAUGCUGUUUUUCGAUAAAGCUCUCCUCGCCAUUGGAAAUAUUCUGUUUGUCUCCGGUCUGUCCUUUGUCAUCGGCCUGGAGCGUACCUUCAGAUUUUUCUUCCAGAGACACAAAAUAAAAGCCACCAGCUUCUUCCUGGGGGGAGUGUUUGUGGUCCUGAUCGGCUGGCCGAUCAUUGGAGUCGUUCUGGAGAUCUACGGUUUCUUCCUCUUAUUCAGGGGAUUCUUCCCGGUGGCAGUAGGCUUCAUCAGACGAGUACCUGUGCUCGGGUCUUUGCUGAGUUUACCAGGGAUCAGUACUCUCGUGGACAAAAUUGGCGAGAGCAACACUAUGGUAUAACAGUGGGCUGUUUUUGUAUUGGAGGAGACUUUCAGUAUUUAUCAUAGCUUCUAAUAGUUACUGUAUAUUUUGGUCAUUGCCACUCCAGGACUGUGAAUCCAGACAUUUUCCUGCACAAAAGACACAUGUUUAUUGGUGGACAUUUGAGGACAAGGAAAUUGUUUUGUAUCUGACCACCACUGGACAAAGUUACCAAGAGAUUUUAUUAUUUUAAAGGUUGGAAGCAGGUCUCCCUGUUUUGUAUCAUUCCACUCUGAUAUUUAUGGACUGAUCAUUUUUGGGACCACUGGUUCAACUCAGCAGAGAGUCUGCAGCUUUUUUAUAUCAUCCACUCCUUCAGAUUGUGUGCCUGAACAGUCACUGAGAGCAUUUUUGAGUUCCUCUAUGAAGUGUUACUGGAAUUUUGUAUAUUAAAAUAAAUAAGGUUGAACUAAAUGUUACUUUAGCAAAGAAACCUGAACUGUUUUGGAAGAGGUUGAAGAAACGUGUCGUGGAGAUGUUUUACUGUAACUUUUGUAAUUACAUACUUGAAAUAAAGUGUGUCUUUUAUA